CUUUCUUUGUUGAUGACUCUGUCAUCUCUCUGGUUUGUUUUUCUCCUUGUUCAUCAUGAUUUAGUUUCCAUUUAGAAUUAAAUUUGAUCUUUGUUUCUUUUAUUUUCGAUUUGAUUUUAUUUUAAUUUUCCAUCCGAGUGCCAUGAGAUUUAAUCUAAAUCCUAAUUCGAGUAAAAUUGAUACAAUUUAUCGGAGUAUCUUGUUGAGUAAAUUUUUCACCCAAGGAUGGGGAGACCCCGAGAAUAUGAAAAAGAUAUUUUCUUUAAGAAAAAUUAUGUCAAACCGAGAAUCGUGUAUGAAAAUGGUCUCAACCAAUCAUCCAAUUUAUAUCGAUAAGGUUGUCGAAGAUACCAAAGAAUAUACUCUUACUGAAGGUCAUUUUAUCAGUCCCCUGGAAGAAUAUCUAUCGGAAGGUAUUCCAGAGGAAUCAAGAAUUGCAAGAUUCCAAUUGUUGGUACCCAAAACAUGGAGACAUCCAUAUCUCAAGCCUAUUUGCCUUCAUUUAGCUGGAACCGGUGAUCAUUUUUUCUGGCGGCGAAGAGCUCUAAUGGCGAAACCUUUGCUACGUGAAUCUGGAAUUGGUUCAAUCAUUUUGGAAAAUCCUUUUUAUGGAUCUCGUAAACCUCCGGAUCAAAUUCGUUCAUGUCUUCGUAAAGUUUCAGAUAUUUUUAUCAUGGGUGGUUGUUUAAUCCUUGAGUCAAUUGCGCUUUUCAAUUGGUGUGAGAAAAUGAACUUUGCUCCUCUCUGUGUAACGGGUAUUUCCAUGGGUGGACAUAUGGCAUCUUUGGCUGGUGUUAGUUGGAACAAGCCGAUUUCAAUAAUACCUUGUCUCUCAUGGACAACGGCUUCUUGUGCAUUCACUCAAGGUGUUUUAAGUGGUGCUAUUCCCUGGCAAACAUUAGAAGAUCAAUACGUUCAAUAUGGUUCAGAGUUUCAAAACGAAGUCAAGAAAAUGAUCCAUUCACCUGAAUGGGAUGAGGUAUUUAAUGCGGGAAGAAAAUUCGCUCAAAACUUUCCAUCUAGUCUCGAUUCAAUGGUCAAUGGAAAUGGUUCCAAAGGAGAUGAGCAAAACUCUGAUCUCAAGUUAGACUGUCUUAAUUUCAUGCGUGGUAUUAUGGAUGAAUGUACUCACCUUGGUAAUUUUGGUCCACCGGUCGAUCCCGAAUUAGUAACCAUUGUCACUGCUUCUCAAGAUGCCUAUGUACCGAGAGAUGGUAUCAUACCCUUGACCAAAAUUUGGCCUGGAGCUAAACUACAUACUCUUGAGGGUGGACAUGUAACAGCGAUACUUUUUAACAUGGAUGUUUUCAGAGAAAUGAUUACAUCUUCAAUUAAAUUGAACGCACAGAGAUAUUAUCGACAAGAGCUGUGAUAAUGAUCAAGCCACUUUUAUUACGAGAUUGCUAACAAUCAAAAAUACAACUUAAUUGAUGAAUGUAGAUCCAAUUAAUGUGAUAAAACUCCUUCUUCAAAUUUCCCCUUUUACAUUUCAUCAAAUAAUUAAUAAUUUGGCCGAUUGCUGAUGUACAUCAUUUGCCUGGAAAAAUAUCAAUUUGUUAAUCAUCUCUGGUUUCAUAAUCAUCUAAAUCAUUUAAACUCUCAACAAAUAUAUUAUUACUUUUCCUAUUCCAUGUGAGAUAAUCAUUUCUAACAAUUAACUGAUUCAAUUGAUGCAUAAUUAGUAAUAAUCAACCAUGAAGCCAGAAAUGCAAUUAUAUUAAAAAAGAAAGAUUAACUUUACAAUUAAUUAAAAGUUAAAUUGUAAACCAAUGUAA